UGAAAGCACAUUGACGCAGAAAGAAGCCAGAAGAACACUAAUAAGUCAGUCUUAUUAUUUGUUCUUCAGUUUGUAAUAUUUACGUCGUAUAAAUACAUCUUUGAGUCUUUAUUUUAAGGAUAUAAUCGUCUUGAUGUGCUAGAAGCACUUUGCUGGAUCUCGUGCUCGUUUAUUGUUAGUUAGCUUAGCUCGCUAGUUAGCUUAGCUUGUUAGCUGCUAACAUAAGUUAUCAACACAUCGCUAAGUAGAGAUCAAGUGUGAGAGUAAAGUGUUGUGAUUGUGUGAAAAUGUCUACAUUACACAUGUUGAGAGCGUUGGUGGAUCAGCGACUAACUGCUGCCGUUGACGAAAUAUUUGUAGUGUUCGAAAGAACGAUAGCAGAAUACGAGGCGGAACUUUCUAGAACAAAAGAGGAGAACUAUCAACUACUGGACGCUGUUUCCAAGAAACAUCAAGUUGUGUUACACAGAACAGAUGGUCAAUCAGGGGCGCAGUUGGCUCUCUCUCCUCACUCACUCGCCCUCUCUCUCUCUGGCGAAAGCUGCAGGCUCAAACAACCCGACGUCCAGCAGCCCCCUCACAUUGAAUAUGAUGAGGAGGAUCCACAGCCCCCCCACAUGAAAGAGGAAGAGAAGGAAGUGUGGAUCGCUCAGGAGGGAGAGUGUGUUGUAGGGCAGGAGGAGGAUGAUGUCAGCAAGUUUCCACUGACUGUUGUCUCUGUGAAGACUGAAGAGCAUGAAGACAAAGCACCUGAGUCCUCACAGCUUCAUCACAGUCCAAACGUCCAGCGGGUGUCAGCGGGGAGUCAUGAAGAGGAGUGGCACACCAGUGUGGGACAGAAGGAGCUACAGGCCCCCUCCCACAUUAAAGAGGAGCAGCUUCAUGAUGAAGAUGAAGCUCAGUCCUUACAGCUUCAUCACAGUCAAAGUGAGGAGAACAGAGGGGCGGAGCUUGUAAGUCAACACAUCACAGAAGCUGAUGGAGAGCAUUGUGAAGAUAUAAAGUCAGAACCAGACAGCAUCUUUGUUCCACUGUCAGACAUGGACCACAUGAUGUCACACUCUUCUGAUCACAGUGACCACAUCCAAAAACCUUUGGAGAGUAAAAAUGACUCUAAAGGUGAUACGAGACAUCACACUAACAACAAACACUUUGACUGCUCUCAAUGUGGGAAAUCAUUUAGACAUAAGAGUUAUUUUAUAAGACACAUGAGAAUACAUACUGGAGAGAAACCUUUUACUUGCUCAGUUUGUAAGAAGAGUUUCUCCACAAAGCAAAACAUGACCACACACAUGAGAAUACACACUGGAGAGAAACCUUUUACUUGCUCUGUUUGUAAGAAGAGUUUCACCACAAAGUGUGACAUGACCACACACAUGAGAAUACACACUGGAGAGAAACCUUUUACUUGCUCUGUUUGUAAGAAGAGUUUCUCCACAAAGCGUGACAUGACCACACACAUGAGAAUACACACUGGAGAGAAACCUUUUGGUUGCUCUUUUUGUAAGAAGAGUUUCUUCACAAAGGGUGACAUGACCACACACAUGAGAAUACACACUGGAGAGAAACCUUUUAAUUGCUCUGUUUGUAAGAAGAGUUUCUCCACAAAGGUUGACAUGACCACGCACAUGAGAACACACCCAGGUGAGAAACCUUUUAAUUGCUCUGUUUGUAAGAAGAGUUUCUCCAGAAAGGAAAACAUGGACAGACACAUGAGAACACACACUAGAGAGAAACCUUUUCUUUGCUCAGCUUGUGCUAAAAGAUUCAGCUCUAAGAAGGAAAUGACCACACACAUGAGAACACACACAGGUGAGAAACAUUUUACUUGCUCUGUUUGUAAGAAGAGUUUCUCCAGAAAGGAAAACAUGACCAUACACAUGAGAACACACACUGGAGAGAAACCGUUUAAUUGCACUGUGUGUGAUAAGAUGUUCAGGUUUAAGUAUCAGGUCAGUAAACACAAGUGUGUAACAGUCAUGGAAGCUGCAGGGAUUUAAAAACACUUAAACAGUGAUUGUGCUAAAUGUAGUUUAAUAACACAGCAUGUUUAAUAUGAAUGUAUAUUUGAUGUUGUAUGUAGUGCUUCUCAUCUUCUAGUCUUAUAUGUUGUCCUGUACUUAAUGUUUAAAGGCCUACUGAAAGCCACUUCUACCGACCACGCAGUCUGAUAGUUUAUAUAUCAGUGAUGAAAUCUUAACAUUGCAACACAUGCCAAUACGGCCGGGUUAACUUAUAAAGUGCAAUUUUAAAUUUCCCGCCACACUUCCGAUUGAAAACGUUUAAGUAUGAUGACGUAUGCGUGUGACGUCACGAGGGCAAGGGAAGUACUCGGAGCCCGUAGAAUCCUAUACACAAAGCUCAGUUUUCAUCUCAAACUUCCACAGUAUUCUGGACAUCUGUGUUGGUGAAUAUUUUGCAAUUUGUUUAAUGAACAAUGGAGGCUGCAAAGAAGAACGUUGUAGGUGGGAUCGGUGAAUUAGCGGCUGGCUGUAGCAACACAACAAGGACUACUUACUUGGAUAUCAGACGCCUAGCCGAUGCUAGCCGCCAACCCCACGGAUGAUCGGGUGAAGUCCUUCGUCGCGCCGUCGAUCGCUGGAACGCAGGUGAGCACGGGUGUUGAUGAGCAGAUGAGGGCUGGCUGGCGUAGGUGGAUAGCUAAUGUUUUUAUCAUAGCUCUGUGAGGUCCGGUUGCUAAGUUGCUAAGUUAGCUUCAGCGUCGUUAGCAACAGCAUUGUUAAGCUUUGCCAGGCUGGGAAUUAUUAACCGUGUAGUUACAUGUACAUGGUUUAAUAGUAUUGUUGAUCUUCUGUCUAUCCUUCCAGUCAGGGAUUUAUUUAUUUUGUUUCUAUCUGCAUUUGAGACAGAUGCUAUCACGUUAGCUCAUGCUAAAGAGCUUGGUCGAUGUAUUGUCGUGGAGAUAAAAGUCACUUUGAAUGUCCAUUUUGCCUUCUCGACUCUCAUUUUCAAGAGGAUAUAGUAUCCGAGGUGGUUUAAAAUACAAAUCCGUGAUCCACAAUAGAAAAAGGAGAGAGUGUGGAAUCCAAUGAGCCAGCUUGUACCUAAGUUACGGUCAGAGCGAAAAAAGAUACGUCCUUCACUGCCUUCCUCAUCCACUAAUCUUUCAUCCUCGCUCAAAUUAAUGAGGUAAUCGUCGCUUUGUCGCUCCGAAUCUCUCUGAAUCUCUCUCGAUCCAUUGUAAACAAAGGGGAAUUGUGAGGAAUACAAGCUCCUGUGACGUCACGCUACUUCCGGUACAGGCAAGGCUUUUUUAUCAGCGACCAAAAGUUGCGAACUUUAUCGUCGAUUGUCUCUACUAAAUCCUUUCAGCAAAAAUAUGGCAAUAUCGCGAAAUGAUCAAGUAUGACACAUAGAAUGGACCUGCUAUUCCCGUUUAAAUAAAUACAAAUCAAAGGCCUACUGAAAGCCACUACUACCGACCACGCAGUCUGAUAGUUUAUAUAUCAAUGAUGAAAUCUUAACAUUAUAACACAUGCCAAUACGGCCGGGUUAACUUAUAAAGUGACAUUUUAAAUUUGCCGCUAAACUUCCGGUUCGAAACGCCUCUGAGGAUGACGUAUGCGUGUGACGUAGCCCGGCGAACACGGGUAUGCCUUCCACAUUGAAGCCGAUACGAAAAAGCUCUGUUUUCAUUUCAUAAUUCCACAGUAUUCUGGACAUCUGUGUUCGUGAAUCUGUUUCAAUCAUGUUCAUUGCAUUAUGGAGAAGGAAGCCGAGCAAGCAAAGAAAAAAGUUGUCGGUGCGAAAUGGACGUAUUUUUCGAACGUAGUCAGCCACAACAGUACACAGCCGGCGCUUCUUUGUUUACAUUCCCGAAAGAUGCAGUCAAGAUGGAAGAACUCGGAUAACAGAGACUCUAACCAGGAGGACUUUUGAUUUGGAUACACAGAUGCCUGUAGAGAACUGGGACAACACAGACUCUUACCAGGAUUACUUUGAUUUGGAUGACAAAGACGCAGACGUGCUACUGUGAGUAUGCAGCUUUGGCUUUUUUUUGCGUAUGUACGUAACUUUUUUAAAAUAUAUAAGCUUUAUGAACCUUGGGUUAGGUGAACGGUCUUUUGGGCUGAGUGAUUGUGUGUGUUGAUCAGGUGUUUGAAUUGUAUUGGCGUGUUCUAUGGAGCUAGGAGCUAGCAGAGGAGCUAGGAGCUAGCAUAACAAACACGCAGGUGUUAUUAUGCAGGAUUAAUUUGUGGCAUAUUAAAUAUAAGCCUGGUUGUGUUGUGGCUAAUAGAGUAUAUAUAUGUCUUGUGUUUAUUUACUGUUGUAGUCAUUCCCAGCUGAAUAUCAGGUACCGUGAGUAUGCAGCCUUGGCUGCUAAACAUUCGAUAACUUGACCGUAUGUGCGCGUCACGUACGUAACUUUUUAAAAAUAUAUAAGCUUUAUGAACCUUGGGUUAGGU